AUGUUCUACACCUCAGUCACUAUCGUCGUCUCGCCAUACCACGUCGGCAUCCCCAACCACCGCGUCGGCACCGGCCCCAACCGCAUCCUCUCCCAUGGCCUAGCCGACGAACUCGAAUCCCUAGCCCCAAUCCGCUUCGUCAACAUCGGUCCCGUAGACGACUUUGAAGGCGAGAUCGGCCGCACAUUUGAACUCCUCCGCCGCAUAUCCACCGCUGUCUCGGAGGCCGUAGCCGCACACUCUUUCCCGCUUGUCCUCUCGGGGAACUGCUACGCCAGCACCGCCGUGGCAGCAGGUCUUAACGCUUCCGUUCCGGGCUUGAACCUGCUGUGGAUAGACGCACACGAUGACCUGGAUACACCGUCAACAAACGAGAAUGGGUACCUUGAUGCAAUGGCGCUGUCCAUGGCGGCUGGGAUGAGCUGGCAUAAGCUGAUGGAAUCCGUGCCGGGGCAUAAACCCUUGAGUCUUGAUCGAGUGGCGUAUUGCGGCCUGAGGGACGUGUCUGAGCUGCAGAGGAAGACAGUGACGGAGGCUGGGGUGGAUGUUAUCUGGGGUGACGAGAAGAGCAAAGUCGAUUUCGCAAAGGAACUGGGGGUGUUGUUGGAGCGGAGGAGGUUCGAGAAGACGCAUAUUCAUCUCGAUCUCGAUGUUUUGGAUGAGUCGUUCGGGAGGGUGAAUGAGUUCCCUUCUUCGGGGGGGUUGGAUGAGCAAGAUUUGAUAGGGUGCUUAGAGACGAUUCCGACGAAGACGAGUCCGACGUCUUUGGUCGUGUGUUCUUUCAAUGCAGAGUUAGAGGGGGGCGAUACAGUGGCUAGACUUGCAGUGAGGGGCAUUGUGCGCUUUGUUGAGGGGCUCAUCCAGGCCGAGGUCCUGAAAGCAGCUUCAUGA